AUGCCUUCCUGGUUGAACUUGCACCGUAAAGCUGAACUGGCCGAAAUGGCUGGUCAGGCCGGCAUCGACGAGUAUGCAUACCAAACGCAUCAGAUCGUUGCUCUCUUGGAAGAGCAACUCACAAAUAACGCGUCAACAUACUCUGAUCAUCCUUCAUUCGAGGGAUAUUAUGCCCGCAAGGGUUCUCCCACAAAGCGCGAAUCGGGCUCGACUCCUGCUGCCGAGCUAGAAGUGACCAGGUCUGUUGCUCGAAGACGCGCCCCGCGCAUCAAGGGUGAAUCCGAUGUGCGUACUGCCCGCGCCGUGCUCGUCUCAACUCCGGCUAGAGUAGAGGCGCCUAGAAUUGAGGAACCUGUGUUUGAGGCGCCACGUGUCGAAGAGUCUAUGCUCCUCAGCCCUCCACGCAUGGCACUUCCUCCUUCUCCAGCCGUCGUCACGGAUGCCAUUGAGGAGCAGACUGCCCGUAUCUCUGAAGGCAUGAACAAGCUCUGGACAUCCUCGCACAUCAUGGACGUGCUUGAAGAAGCUCGUCUUGAUCUCUCAUCUAUUACCGGCAUCCACUUCACAAUCCUCCUUCUCGAGUCCGCGGCACUCCACUACGCGACUGUUCCGUGGAAAUUCGCAUUCGACUUCCCGAGUCUGUUCGGCUUUCCCAGUUUCGCUGUCUUCCUGCCUGACAUAUUUGUAUUCCUCACUCAUCACUACUGGGCGCCUUCGCUGCUGUGGGCGACCAUGAACUUCUGGGCUCCACUUGCGACUGGCUGGUUGUUCAACUUGUCUCUCAAGCUUAAGAAGAAGGACGGAUUCGAAGACUACAGACCAGUCUACCGCAUCGAUCCUUUAAUGUUCAGUAUCGCCAAAGGUCUGAUGUCUUGGAUGGUUUACGCCCAAGGUAACAGAUUAUACGGAACCUUCACCGAGCAGACCGUCACGACAGUCGAGAAUGCCAUGCCUUAUGGCUACAGUGGCUCCAUGGUCGCAGCGUACAUCGGUAUCGCUACCAGUAUCUGGGACGGUAUCCAGAACAAGAAGAGAGCCUAA